AUGCCAGCCAGGGUGCAAGGUACAACCAAGAGGCGGCUCGCUGCCAACGCCCGGGAGCGCAGGAGGAUGCAAGGGCUGAACACGGCAUUUGAUAGCCUGCGGAAGGUGGUACCCCAGUGGGGAGAGGACAAGAAGCUCUCCAAGUAUGAGACCCUGCAGAUGGCCCUGAGCUACAUCAUGGCUCUGAGCAGGAUCCUCUCACAGGCAGAAGGGAACUGGUCCCCUAUUCAUCACUAUGAUCCUUAUGAGGACCAAUGUCAGGGCUACCUGGCCCUGGGCUCCCCGCACUCCUGUGAUCACUUCAUUGCACCCACGUUUUCCCACUAG